AUGUUAUCCACACGAACCGUUAACUUAGUAAGUGCACUUGGAAUCCGUUGCUUUGCGAGUAAUACUGGUGGUUCACCUACUGAUUAUCCGAUUUCAACAAUAACCCGGAAAUCGGUUGAUGAUGUAUUGGAACCAUCACAAGUUCCGACAAAGAUUAAAGUUUCGGAUGAAAUGCGAGAGCAAGCGUUAGAUCUUUCGGGUGUACCUAUGGAUUUUUUACGCAGUCGUCGAGCACGUAUAUAUCGACCGGCACGUGAGGCAACACAAUCAGGCUGGGCGAAUGUCAAAAAAUGGAAGAUUGAGCUGGAUAAUCAGGAAAGAUGGGAGAAUCCAUUGAUUGGUUGGUCCAGCACGGGUGAUCCAUUAAGUAAUAUUUCUAUGACCAUGGAUUUUGCAUCGAAGGAAGAUGCGAUUCGGUACUGUGAAACGAACAAUUUGAAUUAUGAAACCUUUGAUUAUUCGACGUUGUUCAUACACAUAAAUACAGUUCAACGACUUUUUCAUGUCGAAAGAAUGACUGUAGGGAAAAUGUCAUUAACAUUUGCGGGAAGUGCACAAAUUGGAGCGAAACCGGAUAAAGCCACAAUUCAAAAAAUGCUUGAUGAGAAUGGUCAGUUGAUUAAAGUUAUCGUGCGAUACCAAAACAUGGGAAGGGCAAAUGAUGCUCUUCAGUACCAGCAACUUCUUCAUCGAAAUCUUGUCUACCUUGCUUCAUUAGCAGAUGCUAGCAUCCAACAGGAACUUGCGCAGCAGGUGCCGUCAUUUCCAUAA